AUGGUGUGGAGAUACAAAAUUCUGCUCAAUCUCAAAGAGAUGGGUAUUACGGGCAAUAUGUGGCAUUUCAUUAACAACUUUAUUAGCAAUAGGAGUAUCCGGGUCCGUUUUAAUGGUUUCCUCUCACAAAAAACUGUGAUUGAAAAUGGUGUGCCACAGGGAGCUGUUCUUAGCGUUACUCUGUUCCUGAUUGCUAUCAACGAAGCGUGCAGCAUCACACAACUUCCGACAAUCACAAGAGUGUUUGCUGAUGACAUUACUAUUUUUUGUAGAGGAAAAUCUAUUGGUACCUCUCAAAAUUUUAUUCAAUUGUCUCUUGAUAAGUUAAAUGCCUGGGCUAAAAGAACUGGGUUUAAGUUUUCAUCCACCAAGACUGAAUGCAUUCUAUUCACCAAUCGCUGUGGAUCUCAGCCGCCCUCACUAACUUUAGGAACUAAUCUUCUAAAAGUGGUUUCUUGUACGAAGAUUCUUGGACUAAUUUUUGACAGUAGACUCAAAUGGAACCGUCACAUUGACAGCCUUGUUGACAACUGCAAAAGAAGAUUGAACAUACUAAAAUCAUUGGCUUAUAGUAACUGGGGAGCUGAGAAAACCAUUCUUCUUCAGGCUUAUAAACCGAUUGUACGCUCCAAACUUGAUUAUGCAGCUAUUAUUUACAAUUCUGCCAAACCAACCAUAUUGAAUAAAAUUAAUACAACUCAUAAUACAGGACUGAGGAUUUCAACUGGUUCAUUUCAUACUAGUCCCAUCGGUAGUAUUUUGAUUGAAGCUGGUGAACCAUCUCUUCAACACAGAAGGAAGUUACUGAGUAUUAAAUACUCUAUUAAAGCUGCGACUUCGAGGAAUGGUAUCAUUCACGAUGACAUUUUUCCUAAAAACCAGUCCAGGGUAAAUCGUCAACAUGGUAAUGAUCCCCCCUGGCUAAGAAUUCAAAAGUAUCUCGACAAUAUCAACUAUACAUUACCCACAAUGGAGAAAAAUAGAUUCCACAAGGAUCCACCCUGGUUGCUUCAAGCUCCAGUUGUUGAUACCUCGCUCAAAUUGGAUGAAGUUAUAGAUUUAUCUGACGAGGAUUGGAGAGGCCGAUUUAAUGCCUUAUGUGCUAAUUACUCCUCCUUUAAACACAUCUAUGUUGAUGGUUCCAAGAAUAAUCUUGGAACAGGAGCCUCGGUUUUCACCCAGGACGAAUCUAUCAAUCAUGGAUUGAAUUCUUUCAAUAGUAUCUUUUCCGCCGAAACAUAUGCACUUCUCAUGUCAUGUAAUUUCAUUGCUAACUCUCCUGACUCCAAAUUUAUCAUCUUCUCUGACUCUCUUUCUACGUUAGCAAAAUGUCUUAAAUUCAGGCAGACCACCGAAAUGUAUGUUGCAAUUCAAGAACUGUAUAAUGAUUUGUUAAAUUCAGGGAAAACAAUAAUUAUUGCAUGGAUACCCGCCCAUAAAGGUAUUUACGGAAACGAAAUGGCCGACCUCGGGGCUAAAAUGGCUACCACCCUUCGCCCUAACAAUCAUGCCAUUUAUAACUCUACUCUGGAUAUCACCAAUCAUAUAGAAUCCUUGUGCGAGCUUGAGUGGAAUAAGUCAUGGAAGUGUUACAAAGCUAGCCCUCUCCAUAAGUCAAUCAAUUACUUCUACGAUCUCAAAACCAAUUCUCACUUUAAUAGGAAAGAACAGGUGGCUAUUACAAGGAUAAGAUCUGGCCACACCCGGUUGACUCAUGCGUGUCUUUUGAAUGGUGAACCGCGUAUGAUGUGUGAUGUCUGCAAUGUGAUGCUCUCAAUUGAUCACAUUAUUACCAAAUGUGAUAAGUACAAUUUAGGAAGAUUGAAAUUUAACAUCCAGGACGACCUGAAGAAUUGA